AAGUAAUAGCUUUUGCUGAGAGAGAGAGAGAGAGAGAGAGAGGGAGAGAGACUGCAUGUUUGAGUGGGUGAUUAGCAGUUAGCUUUUGUUGUGUGUGUGAGAGAGAGGAUGAGUUGUAGUAGCUUUUGUGGAGAGAGAGAGACUUUUACACUGCAUGUUUAGAGAGAGAGAGAGAGAGAGAGAGAGAGAGAGAGAGAGGAUAUUUACUUACUAGAUGUUAGAGGGAGUGAGGGAGUAGUAGGAUUUUGUGGGGUGGUUGGGUUUGAAUGGCAUUCUUGGUGGAGAGGUGUGGAGAAAUGGUGGUGAGUGUGGAAAACCACAAGGCAGUGCCAGCGCCCUUCCUGACCAAGACAUACCAGCUGGUGGAUGAUCCAUGCACUGACCACAUUGUAUCUUGGGGUGAUGAAGAUAACACCUUUGUGGUGUGGAGACCCUCUGAGUUUGCAAGGGACCUUUUGCCCAACUACUUCAAGCACAACAACUUCUCCAGCUUUGUUAGGCAGCUCAACACCUAUGGAUUUAGAAAGAUUGUUGCAGAUAGGUGGGAGUUUGCAAAUGAGUUCUUUAAGAAAGGAAAGAAACAUUUGCUAUGUGAUAUUCACAGGAGAAAAUCAUCUCAAAUCCCACCACAGCAUCACCACCAGCACUAUCAUGAAUCACCACCCUUGAUCAGCUCAGGUGAAAUGAACGGUUGGAUUGAAUCCCCACUACCAUCCCCCACACUAGAAACCACUGAUUUUCUAUCAGCCCUUAGUGAGGAUAAUCAGAGGCUGAGGAGGAGGAAUUCCAUGCUCAUAUCAGAACUAGCCCAUAUGAAGAAGCUCUACAAUGAUAUCAUGUACUUCUUGCAACAUCAUGUAAAACCAAUGCCCUUAGAUCAAAGGCCCACCAAUCUGGUCCCCAGGCUCAUUGAAAUGGGCCCUUCUCUUCAGUCCCAGAAACCCCAUCUUGGCCUACAAAUCAAUAGAAAUCACGGCGUGGCGGGCCAUUCCAUUGCACUGUCUGAAGAGCCCAAUGGCACCAUCAAGCUCUUUGGUGUCCCACUCCACAGCAAGAAGAGAUUGCAUCCGGAGACGUUCGAUCGUGAGGAAUCCGGAUGUGCGGCGAUGAUCAACUAGUCUAGAUUGAUUGAAACCAUGAUUUAUCAUCAGAUGGUACCAUAGCAGGAAUUAUCAGCACGAUUAAGGUUACACAAGCUUCCCAUAUGUGACAAAAUGGCAUGCAUCAGUGUAUUUUCUCUAGUCCAUUCAUCAGGUGGGCCCCAUAGUGAAUGUCGUCCAGCAAUGCAUGUGCGUUGAAUGUAGAGCGUUGGUUUACUUAUACAGUCAUCGAUUGUUUUUUGUACAUGACCGGCCUGAUUCUUGGGCUAGGGCACAUCCGUCGCAGGCCCGCCGUAAUGUACAUCCCAGAUCAUGUACACAUGUGUCAUGUUAGCAUGUGUGAAGCGUUUCAGUUUGGUUUUUGCCUCAUUUGCAUGGCAGCGAUGGUUAGGUCAUGUGAUAAUCUUUCAUGAUCAGAGAAGUUAUAACUUGAGAUUUCUUGCUUAAUUGCUCUUUUGUGAAAUGGGUCUCUUAAUCUCUACCAUUAAAAGUCUAUUGGUUUCAGCUGAUCAACGGUUGAUUGAUGAUUA